AGAGUGUUUUCUUCCUGCGUAUUAAAACUUGAUCCAUUUUAAUCAGACGCCGUUUAAGGAGUAGUCAUGAAGUCCGUCUUCCGUGUCCUGGGCUUGGAUUGGAUAGAUAGCAGCAGCGUUCUCAUAUUUGUGUUUGUUUUUCUGCUGCUGAGCGACGUUUGGAAGAACAGAGCGCCGAGAAACUUUCCACCCGGACCUUGGCCCCUUCCUUUUGUUGGACAUCUUCAUCUCCUUGAUCUCUCUCGGAUGCACCUGCAGUUUUCUAAGUUGGCAGAAAAAUAUGGGAACAUUUUCAGCGUUCGCCUCUUUGGUGAAAGGACUGUCAUCGUUAGUGGCUACAAGCAAAUAAGGGAGGCUCUGAUCCUUCAAGGAGAAGACUUCGUAGAUCGUCCCGUCAUCCCGCUAUUUGAAGAGUUGGUUGGGAAUAAAGGUCUUGUUGGUUCCAGUGGUUAUCCAUGGAAGACACACAGGAGAUUUGCUCUUCAGACACUCAGAAACUUUGGCCUGGGCAAGAAAACCCUGGAGCGAUCCAUCCAGCAGGAGUGCCAGUACCUCACAGAGGCCUACGCCGCUCACAAAGGUCAGCCUUUUAAUUCCCAGACUUUGGUAAACAAGGCUGUGUCCAACGUCAUCUGCUGUUUGGUCUUUGGGAGCAGAUUUGAGUACACAGACCAGCAGCAGCAGGCGAUACUGGAGAAAUUCCAUGAGGUUGUGCGCUUACAGGGAAAAAUAAUGGUGCAGCUUUACAACGUAUUUCCCUGGCUGAUGAAGCGGCUGCCGGGGACGCAUCAGACGCUAUUCUCCAAAACAAGAGAGAUAGUUGAAUUCAUAGAAAUCAAGAUCAAGGAGCACAGAGAGAACCUCGACCCGUCGUCUCCAAGAGACUACAUCGACUCCUUCCUCAUAGAGAUGGGAGAGAAAGAAGACAAAGAUUCUGGUUUUUAUUCGGAGAAUCUGUGUUUUUGCAUCAUGGACCUGUUCGGUGCCGGAACUGAAACCACCACCACCACUUUGCACUGGGGGCUGCUGUACAUGAUCUACUACCCUGAGAUACAAGAGCGAGUCCAGGCUGAGAUAGACGCUGUGAUUGGUCCGUCCAGGCAGCCGUCUAUGGCUGACAGAGACAACAUGCCUUACACCAACGCUGUCAUCCAUGAGAUACAGAGGAUGGGGAACAUCAUCCCGUUAAAUGUGCCCCGGAUAGCAAGCAAAGACACCACCUUGGCUAAAUACACCAUCCCAAAGGGCACCUUGAUUUUAGCUCCACUUCACUCUGUCCUCCAUGAUGAGUCGGUGUGGGAGACGCCGCACUCCUUCAACCCUCAGCACUUCCUGGACCAGGACGGUAAAUUUAAGAAGAGAGAAGCCUUCAUGCCUUUUUCUGCAGGUAAACGUGUGUGUCUCGGGGAGCAGCUGGCCAGGAUGGAGCUGUUCCUCUUCUUCACCUCCCUCCUCCAGAGGUUUAAGUUCUCACCUCCUGCAGGAGAGCAGCCCAGUCUGGAGUACAAGAUGGCGGGAACCCGCAGUCCCAAACCUUACCGCCUCUGUGCCGCCCUGCAGAGGAAGAGAGAGGACAUGAUCAGUUCCAGCUGA